GAAACCAGCAAUGCUGUGAGCGGUCUGCUAGCUUCCUGUAAUUCUGCAGACAGUUUUGUAGUCAGAGAAGAUAAAGCCAAAGACAGGCUUCCUGUUACAUCUCCAGCGUACAUCCUGACUGUAAAUUUAUCAAUGGAUCUCCUUCUGAUGAAAACUUCACAGCUGCAUUGAACGUACAAGGAGUGUGAUCGCAAAAAACUGCCUGCAACUGUGACAAAAAGCCAGUGGGAUUUUUCUACUCAUCAGGGAAUUUUCUAAAGAGGCAUGGGUGACAGUUACACAAUCCCAAUCCUUUGUGUCAUCCUAAUCAGUCUGGUUUUAUUGUUCAUCUUCUUCUACAAGAAGUUGAACAGGGAGACUAAUGGAGAAUAUACCAUCAAGCGCAUGGUGUACAAGGAAGGAGGGGUCAGGGACCGGGUGAGGGGUGCGGCACAUCAUACUCUAGGGACAUUGCUCAGGGUCUGGCGUCGCAGUGAUGUAGAUGUGGGUUUAGAGGAAAUGCAAGAAAUCCAAGAUGAGGAGGAACAGGUGGACGACGGUGGUAGCCAAAGCAGUGACAGCGAGGAGGAUUCCCAGGAGGAGGAGGAUAAUAACACGGAGCAGUGUGAUAAGACAAUGGGAAAAGGAAAUGACACCUCAGACGAUAAGUCAAAUUUGGAGUGUUCAGGGGAGCAAAGCAAGCUAAUGGACCAGUCAGAUGCGAAGGAAGAGACGAAGGACAAAAAGGAGGAAAACGAGGGAGAAGGGGAGGCAAGUGGAGGGGCUGGACUGUCGAUAGACCUAAAGCAGUUCUCUGGAAGUGCCAUCUGGUCUGAAGAAGCGGGAGGUGAAGGUAUGGACAGGGAUGUGACUGCACUGUGAGUACAGGGUGAGAAAAUAUGGAAUACAAAAACAGCUUAGGACACAAUCUUAAGCUCUCUGCUGGGAAUAUAAUUUUGGCAUAGAUAUGCUAAAUCCUUUACAUGUCUAUUUUUAUAGAGAUGGUCCAAUUUAUAUAUCCUGAGUCUACAGACUCAGGAUAUAUAAAUCAGGGAUCAGCCUAUGAAACAAUCUACAUGUGUACAUUUUUUAAUUACAGAAUGUAAACAAGAAAACCUAGAAAAACUAAAGAGGAUGGCUGCUGUGGCCCUGGCUUUAAUUCAACUUCUUGUUGAGUCAUCAGCAUAAAAUGCUGACUGAUGAAUGAAGGUGUUAUAAAUAUGCAGGGGUGCACUGGAAUUUGAAUGUUUGUGUUUAACUUUGCUAAUGUCAAACUGACUUAGGUAGUCAAGAAAUAAGACUUUGUGUUACUGUGUCAACCAAUUGCAUGUUGUACAUUGUGGAGUGUAGUGUUUUUAUUGCUUUAAUUUUUUUUCUUUCUAAUUUGCAUUUAAAAUAAAAACAGAAAACUUAAAACAGA